AUCUCGCCGCCUUCUCUUCUUUGAUUCAAGCUAUGAAAUCUUCUUCCUUCUUUUCGCCAUUAAUCUCUCCAAUUCCAGAUCAAAAACUAGUGUAUAGAUCUAUCUGAUUGUUUAAGAAAGUUAUCUGAUUACAGAAAUAUAGUCAAGUUCGUCGUGGGGGAAGUCCAAAGCGAAAUCAACUGAACUCGCUAUCGCGUUUGAAGAAUCCCAUAGCGUCAGAGACUCAAAAGAAUCCCAUUGUAUUAAACUAUAUUCAACCAUUCUUCUUAGGGUUUAGAGGUUUUGACUGGAAGGAGGAUGCUGGAAUCUUCAGAUGAUGAAAGCGAGAUUAUACUGCAGGAGGUUUCCAAUUAUCAUUUUGUUGAUGGGGAGGAUGAACCCAUUUCCUUUUCUGAAUUACCAAUCAGAUGGGAUGAUAAGGAGGAGCUUGAUGGGAAGCAAAAACAGAUAUUCUUGAAAGGAUCUGGUGACAAUGGGCUUCAACCAAUAUAUAGACAAGUCCUAGAGUGGAAAUUCAACAUAUCUGAUGAAAAACCAGAGAUAUCAGUUCUCGCCAAGGGAAUUGGUUGGAUCACGCUUGAAAAGCCUAGAAAGAGUUAUGAGGAGAUAAUCAGGACAAUCUUCAUCACUCUUCACUGCUUAUACUUGGUGAAGGAAGAUCCUGAAAUAUCAAGAAAAUCCCUUUGGGAUCAGUUAUCUAGGGCUUUGAGCUCCUAUGAUCCAUUGCCAUCAGAGAAAGAUUUGGUCGAUCACAUAGCUCUAAUACGCGAAGCUGUUAGAAGAGACAGAACUUUAGCUAAGGCUGAGUUUAUAGUUACGUUUCUGGAGGAGAAGCCUCAAAAGAAGAAAUUGUCAGAGCAGGAUGUUGCCACCAUAGCAAGGCCUGAAUUUAUUGUCAGCGAUCAUAUGGAUGAAGAGGAUGAAGAAGGGUCUGAUGAAGAUGAGGACUUAUUUGAUUCCGUCUGUUCCAUUUGUGACAAUGGGGGUGAAAUUAUAGUUUGUGAAGGAAGGUGCUUGAGGUCAUUCCAUGCUAUUGAAACUGCUGGUUUGGAGUCUGAAUGUGAGACUCUUAGAUAUUCAACGAGACAAGUAAAAGCAAUACAGAAUUUUUUCUGUGCAAACUGUGAAAACAAGCAACAUCAGUGCUUUGUGUGUGGCAAGUUAGGCUCUUCUGAUAAAGAAGCUCAUGCAGAGGUAUUUCCAUGUGUUUCAGCAACUUGUGGUCACUUCUACCAUCCACAUUGUGUGGCAGGGCUUCUUCAUCAUGGUAACGCAUCUGAAGCAGAAAAACUUGAGAAGAAAAUCUCGGCUGGAGAAUCUUUCACCUGUCCGAUUCACAAGUGUUGUGUCUGCAAAUUGGGAGAGAAUAAGACCGAUGUGGAUUUGCAAUUUGCUAUAUGUAGACGUUGCCCCAAAUCUUAUCACAGAAAAUGCCUACCCAGGGAUAUCGCUUUUGAAGAUGACAAUGAUACAGGCUUGGUGCAGAGGGCAUGGGAUGAUCUUAUUCCUAACCGAGUUUUGAUAUAUUGCUUGGAGCAUGAAAUUGAUGAAGUACUUAGAACUCCAAUCAGAAAUCACUUAAAAUUUCCAGGUGGUUGGCCAAAUAAGAAAAAACAGGCAUCAGAGCAACUCCCAAAGAAAGUGAGAACUGUGCCAAAGGAUAAUAGUGUGGUGAUAGAAGUUUCUAAAAAACAAAAAUCUAGUACAGGGAAAGUUCGGAAACAAACUGAAAGAUCACCUUCAAUCAUGGAUAAUGGAUCUUCAAGAAGCAGUGUCAAAAGAAGAGUUGGUUCAUUAGAUAUCUCAAAUAAAAAGAAAGUUGGCAAUUUAUCUAAACCAUCACUCAAGGCCACUGGUUCGUUUAAAGAGAAAAAGGUUUCUAUGGAUGACAAUGGCCCUUCCUUGGGGGAUCAACUAUAUUCAUUGGUAUCUAGAACCAAGAAGGGGGAAAUUCCUGAUCAAGAAGAUAAACAAACCAUGUCUAAUGAGCACGAUGAUAUGCUAUCUCUUGAUGCUGAAUCUCAAAAAAGAAUACUAGCCUUAGUCGAGGAAGCUUCUUCUUCAAUAACGUUGCAAGAUAUCACAAAAAGCAACAAGAUGCCUAUGAUUUAUUCAUACUCGUCAAAAGCUUCUGUUGAUAAGGGCAUAACAUUGGGUAAAGUGGAGGGCUCCAUUGAGGCAAUGCGUGAAUCUUUACAGAAGCUAAAAGGUGGCUGCAGUGUUGAAGAUGCAAAAGCUGUUUGUGAGCCUCAGCUUGUGAAUCAGAUUGUUAGAUGGAGGAACAAGCUAAAAGUGUACCUUUCUCCAUUCCUUCAUGGCAUGCGAUAUACCUCUUUUGGACGCCAUUUUACGAAGGUAGAUAAACUGAAAGAGAUUGUUAAUAAAGUCCACUGGUAUGCACAAGAAGGUGAUACGAUUGUCGAUUUUUGUUGUGGUGCCAAUGACUUUAGUUGGUUUAUGAAGAACAAAAUGGAUGAGACGAAAAAGAAGUGCUUCUACAAAAAUUAUGACGUCUUUCAAGCUAAGAAUGAUUUUAAUUUCCGGAGGCAGGAUUGGAUGACAGUCCGCCCAAAAGAAUUGCCAAAAGGAUCAAAGCUGAUCAUAGGGUUGAAUCCACCUUUUGGAGUCAAUGCAGUUCUUGCAAACAAGUUCAUUAACAAGGCUCUCGAGUUUAAACCUAAGCUUCUUAUUCUUAUUGUUCCGCGAGAGGCAGAAAGGUUAGAAAAAAAGAACCCUCCUUAUGAGAUGAUUUGGGAGGAUACUGAGUUACUUAGGGGAAUGUCGUUUUAUUUGCCCGGAUCUAUUGAUGUAAACGACAAUCAAAUGGAAGACUGGAACGUCAAUGCACCGCCACUUUAUCUAUGGAGUCGCCCAGAUUGGGCAGAUAGACACAAGGAGAUCGCUGAACAGAAUGGACACUUGAACCGAAAAACUCAAAUCAUAGAAAGCCAACAUGAACCCGCUGUGCAAGUUCCUAUAAUGAUUGAUAAUCAAAACACCUCCUCGGAAAAUCAGCUCCGAAGGUCUCGAAAUCCUAAAAAUGCAUGUUCUCCCAAAACCGAUGAAAAGAAUGCAUCUGAAUCUAACCGGAACUCGAAUAAGAGAAAGAGGAAUGGUAAUGAAGGAUCGAAUAGGGAAAGACUAUCCGGUGAUCCUUUGUCGUCUGAUAGGAUGGAGAAGCGAUCAGCUGAGCCGACUUCAGACAGGAUUGGAACAGAAAGACGAUCUGUUGACAAGACGCCAACUUAUCCAAGAAAACAAUACAAUUUUUACGAAAUACCUAAAGAUGUCCCUCUGAGAGGAGAAAUUCCCAAAGAAGAGCAUGGUUUAUCAUCAAGGGCGUUGUCUUCCCAUUCUGAGCUUAACAAGGAACGAUAUUUUCGGAAUGACCAAUUUGGUAGUGGUGGAUCCAAUUCAAACGCCACCAUUGUUGAUGAUAUAGGAGGGAGGUAUAGAGAGGAGCCUUAUUCAGGAACAAACCCGACUUGGCCAGGUUUGAGACAAGGCUAUGCACAUUCCUACCACGAGAGGGAACAGCCACAGCCACAUCCACAUCCGUUAAGAUAUCACACUCAGAUUUACGGGACACCAGAGAAUAAUAAUACGUUUAGUCACAUUAGUAGUAGCAGUUAUUUGGCUGCAACAGCAACAGGAUCAAGAACAAAUCCUCAUUCUGGAUCAAUUACAAAUCCGCAUUCUGGAUUUGGAUCUUCACAUGGUCAUCAACAAAUGGUAUUGGGAAUCGGAAGUAGGGUAUACAACCAUAUGAACAACAACACUGCAGAGUUGCUGCAGAGAUAUGGGUCCCAUUUGGAUGAGACAAAUCAUGCGAGGAGGCCAGAGUUUUCUCCUGUUGUUUAUGGAGGGAUUCGACCGGUUGCCCAACCUCCGGGGCAUUUUGGGUUUGCUCCUGGGGCUUAUAGGCCUCCUCAUUUCAACCCGAAUAAUACAUCGGGAUGGUACAAUGACUAGAAUAAUAAUGUAUGGUUUUCAAUUUCUCUUGACGAUUUUGCUGGUUAUGAACAUGCAGUUUGGUUUAGUUUAUUUUCAAGGUAGUGUUCUUAUUUUGUAAGAUACAAGUUUGGAGUUUUUGAAACUGUAAGUCAGUUGUAAGAUAUAAUUUACAUUUUGGAAAUGAUUU